GUGGGAAUGAAUCGGAAGGGAAAAGGACGCGCAACGAACGCGUUUCCUCACCCUCCAACCGAAUAUUCACCACCCAGUCCUCUCCACUUCCAUCACCAACUUUUUCGUCUCACGCAAAAACAAUGUCAUCCCACACCGACGAAAUAACCUCUCUCCGCCGCAAAACAGCAUCGCUCAUCACGUCCCUCCAACAGGCCAGGAAGAAACGUGUCAGAGACCCGUUGGUGGAAUUGCGGCCGAUAUGUGAACAGGAUGACAACAACGCCUUGGAUGUGAGGGAGCAUCUUGGGAGAGAUUCGACGACCCGCAACAACUCGAGAGGGGUGGGGAGUGGAAAGAGGGGUGAGGUGGUGGGAAAGGAGAGCGGGACGCUAGUCCUUCCGCGAUCGUUGUCGACGACCAAGGUUCAUCCGCCAACGACGCAUAACCACCCGCCAGCGACCAAAUUGUCUCACCCCGCCUCCUCCAUCCGCUUCUCGCCGAGUCUACCUACCCCCAAACGCCCAACGACAUCAUCCACCCGCCACAAACCCACCCCCACAACGUCGUCGUCGAUACAUCAAUCCCUCGCUCAAUCCUCCCGCACCGCCCACACCCUCCUCUCCACCGCCGACGACACCUACCUCAACAUCAUCGACCUCUUCCGCCGCUCCGACCCGGACUGUUAUUUCGCUGACCCCCCGAAACGCGUGAGGGCGUACGACUGGCAUACACUCCACGACGCGGAUCCCCCUGUUGAUGAUCACACCUUGGACGCGGGGGUGAGGGUGGAUGCCGGUGGCGGGACGGAGGCGGGGGUCUACACCACGGGCGUGUUCCGGGUGGAUAAACGGUUACACCCACACCCGGUGGACAUCCCCUACAUCCACCUCCCGGGUCUCGAUCCCUGCGUCCCAGCAGACGGCGCCCCCGACGCAGCCCCCGUGAAAGUCAGCCUCCCGCGUCGCUACGUGCCCCCGGACGCGUUCGCAUCCCAGCACAUAUACACCCCGCACACGUUUGCGACCCUCCCGUCGGGGGAUAGCAUCGACAUCCGCGACCAUCUGUUGAAGGGCGGGAACCAUUACCUGUGGGUGUUGCGGCAGAGACGCAUACGGCCCGAUCGGGCGCACGUGUUGGACGCUGCCAUUCGUCGCAGUAUGCGGAGCCCGGAGACCGCACAAGCGGUCAUGCCCUGAGGACACCAGCACCCCAUUCUCGCCGGUCUCCUACAUCUACCCCCCGAAUCGCGAGCACACCAUCCAAGGGAUCCCAGCCAUAGCGGACCGUCAAAGCUGUCCUCCUCUCAAAAAAAAAGGGAAAGCGUGG